UGCGUUGUGCAUGUGGCAACAAAGGGUACAUGUGCAUCAAUGAGAAUGUUGUGCCGUUGCCCAGUGUCCGCACACUUCAGCGAAAGAUAGAGCAUGUCAAGUUUAAGCCUGGCAUCCUGACUGAACUUUUUCCAUCACUCAAAGCCAAAGUCUCUACAAUGCUACCUGAGGAACGGAACGCAGCCCUCAUGAUUGAUGAGAUGCAGAUCACCGCAGGCACGGACUAUGAUCCUUCUGUGAAAGGACUCAUCGGAAAGCUAAGCACCAAACUAGGCCCAAAGGCCACCUGCACCGAUGGACGUGCAACACAUGCUAUGGUCUUUAUGCUUGGUGGGAUGUCCUCACGCUGGAAGCAGACUGUGGCAUACCACCUAACAGGGACGUCAUUCUGCAAGCUAGAGAUGAGGAACUUCAUCUUCACCUUGAUCAAGGAGUGCGAGUUCAUCGGAAUUCGGAUUGAUGCAAUCAUCACAGAUAGGGGCCCAGGGAACCAGGCCAUCUGGAGCAUUUGUGGCAUUGGUGCUACGAAGCAUGGCAAGACCUCAGUCUCGUGUGCCCACCCGUGUGCCAAUGGGUCGGACAGACAGCUGUUUUUCAUAGCCGACGCACCGCACGUGCUGAAGAACCUUCGAGGCCAUCUGGUACGCGGACAGCUCAUCUCCAUUCCAGAUGAAAUUGUGGAGAGGAACAAACUCCCAACGUCCGAGGUGUCUCUCAGCUAUGUUCGGGACGUGGCCCAAAGGGACGGGACAAGUGCACUGAAGCUUGCUCCGCACCUCAAGGACAAGCAUCUAGACCCGAACCAUUACGAAAAAAUGAGUGUGUCUUCGGCCCUAGCUGUCCUGAAUCAUAGCACCGGGUCAGCAAUUCGAGUGCUUGUUAAAGAAGGCAAGAUGUCGCCUGCUGCAGUCACCACGGCGUGGUUUCUCGAGACAGUUUAUAAGUGGUUCCGCUUAAUGACCUCUCGUACCAAGAGCCUUGCUAUGAGUGAGCUCAACUCUCGGAAACAUGAUGAUGCCGUAGAGUUCCUGAGCGAGGUGUUGGAUCUCUUCAAGAAGAUGACCAUUCAUCUGCCAGGCAAAAGCCCUUCUUGGAAGCCAGUACAGACAGGCGUCGUGAUUUCGACAACUGCAGCUCUGUCUUUGCAGAACCUGUACUUGACGCAGUACAACUUUAAGUACCUGUUCCUCAGCCGACUGACGCAAGACGCCCUCGAAAACCUUUUCAGCGUGAUAAGGCAAAAGAAUGCAACCCCCCGACCUCUGCAGUUCAAGACUGCCUUGCGCACAAUCACGCUCUCACAGUUCUUCCAGCCCUGUAGGACGGGGAACUAUGAGAUGGACGAUGCUGAAUACCUCGCAGAUUUCAUUUCGAAACGCCAAGCAGAAUCACCAAGCGAGGAGGUGCUGCAACAGGACGGCGCCUCAGCGAUUCAAGACGAGUCCGCAUGGGAGCUUCCUGACGAUGACGACCAGAUGCUCGCCCAGGUGGUCGAUGUCCUCUCCGACAGCCAAGCGGCGAUGGGUGAACUGCAGUCCACUGACAAACAAUCACUGCAUUACCUCUGUGGAUACACGGUGAAGGCAGUUUGUGGCAAGUACAAGCUGUGUGAAACUUGCAGGUCGGCACUGACUGACACAGAAAACAAAGAAAAUGCUUCGCUAACUGAGUUCAAGUCCUACAGAGACACCAGUGAACAAAAUCCACUCUGUAUGGUGUCGUUAGCUGUUUUUGCUAUGCUUGAGAAGUGUGAGGUGAUCUUUCGUUCACAAGAAGCUAGCAUUGUAGACGGAACUGCUAACCUUGCCAAUUUGUCUGCUCAAGCGCUGUGCGAGUUUUCACGUGACCAUCUCCCAACAUGUCAUGGGGUGGCGCAGAAGCUAGUGGAUGCUUUCUUGCUAAUGAGGUUACGCUUUGCUUUGCGGAAAAGCAAUGAACGGUAUGCUGCAAAGCAGAACAACACCAGGUGUGGAAGUCGUAGUAUAGGAAUGCGAGGUUGUGUCAAUGCUGUGCGUUAACAGUCUUAUUCAGGUGGGAUGAAGGAGUAAAGGAAUUUAUUUUUGAUGGUGGCUACAAAGUCUUUCCAGCACCUUGAACUUGUGAUAUUUUUAGAAAGUUGUAAAACUAGUAAAUGUGAAGCUUUAGCUGGUUGUAUGAUUUUUUUUAUUUUUUAUUUUAGCUAAUUCUAAUAUUAAGCAAGUAGUGGAUGUCACUUUCUGGAGGAGUCGCAGAAUUUGUGUUUGGCGCCUUAAGCUAGACUUACAAACUUCUCGGGCAUGUGAUAUUUUGCAAAUGUGUGAUACCAGUAAAGGAGAAGCUUUAACUAGUUGCAUGAUAUUUUUAAUCUUUACUUGUCGUAAUAUUAAGCAAGUACUGGCAUGUCACUUUUUGGAGAAAUUGUUCCCCCAUGUUAACAUAUCUCUUGCCAUGUUUCCUUUUUUUAUACACAGUCAUUUCAUGAUAACAUUUUUCUUUAUCCUUGUGUUAGUCGUUUGGGUUUGUGCAGUAUCUGAUGUGUUAUUGCUGUGCCAGAAAUGUUCAGAACUCACACUGUCAAGUACCUGUUGCCAUAUUUCCUUUUUUUUUAUAUGUGGCCAUGUCAUGAUCACUUUUUUUUUUUAUGCCUGUGUUUGUCAUCGUGGCUUGUGCAAUAUAUGAUGUGUUACUGCUGUUUUAGAAAUGUUCAGAA